AUGAUCUGCUAUUAUUUUUAUUUAGUUUACAAAGAUGAAUCAAGUACUGUAUCAGGACAAAGCACGGUAACAACCUCGGUGAUUAACCUUAAACUUUCACCUCCAACACCAUCACGGCAAGCAGAAACACUUCAUCAUCAUCAUCAUCAACCAUAUCGUACAGCAGUCGGUAAAAGUACUUUGAACAAGACUGAUGAACAUUGUCGUUCAUUGUUUAAUCUUUUACCCAUCUCACUUCGUCCUCGUCCUCGUCAUCUAAAUCAAACUUCAAAUAACAAUGGCGUUGAUGCUUCAACAACAACACAACAAUCACCAUCGAUUGAUAUAUUUGGAACUGAUUACGACUCUGGUUAUAUGUCUCAAAGUAUUUUAAAUCGAACACCAUCAUAUGCAUCAUGUUAUUCAGCUGUAGCAGCAACUGUUCCAAUACCAUCAAUCAAUCGACAUGGAUCAAUUGAAAGUUUAUUACAUGGACAUUCAAAAUCUAAUCCAGCUAAUAUACGUGUUCUUGUACGAAAAAAUUUUGAAUCAUUUGCUCAAGCACAUAUUUCUGUUACAAAAGGUACCAUUGUAACUGCUUUAUUUGCACGUGGUCCAUGGCUUUAUAUACGUAUAGAAUCGAAUGGACAAACAGGUUAUAUUCCACGUAUCAUAUGUUCCUUAUAUAAAAAUUAUAUAACAAAUGAGAGAAAUUAUUAUCAAAAUCAUCAUCAUAAUUUAUCGAUAUCAUCAACUGAAUCAAUAUCAAAUAAAGAUGAUGAACUUGAUUUAACUGUAAUAUCAAAACAUGAUGAUAGAUAUUUCAUACAUCCAUAUAAACAACAACAAAUGAAUCGUUAUUUAUCAUAUAGUUCAACUAUAAUAAACGAUCAACAAAAAUCUAAAGAUCAUUCAAAAAAAAAAUUUCUACAAAAAAAUUUUAUUGAACGUGAAAGACGUAAUACAUGUACUUUACCACCACCACCACCACCAUCAGCACCAUCAUUAUCAUCAACAUUAAAUUCAUCAAAAGAUCGACGAUUAACAGCUAAUUCAAUUAAUUGGCCUAUGACAACAAAAAAUUCAGAUAUUGUUGGUAUUCAUCAAAUGAAUGAUGGAUCAACAGUAAUAAAUAAUGGAGGUAUACCACCACAACGUGAUACAGAUUCAUCAAGUACACAAGAUUCUGGUUAUUCAGAGUCAACACCAUAUUUUUUUGUACAACAAGUAACAUCCGAUACUGAACAAAUACCAACAGUAACCAAUACAUCAAAAAAAUCGACUUCAUCACCUUAUUAUGCUACUGUUCGACAUGCAACUCUACUGAAAAUUCCUGACACAACGAAUACACAUCAUAAUUCACUUUGUCGUCAUAAUCAACAAACAACUCGAGCCAAUCGUCCUCUACAAUAUCGACAUACACUUGUAAAUGGUAUAUCAAUAAAUACAAUGUUAACAAAUAAUAUAAAUAAACGUCAUUCAUUUGGUGCAUUUUAUAUAAAUGAUAAUGAAAAUUAUGAACAACCUUCAACAAAAUCAAUUGAUUUAAUAAAUAAUUCUUUUCAUACACGUUCAAAUGAAUAUGCAUUAAUACGAAAUAUUCAUUAUGAUAAUGAUAAUAUUUAUCAACAAAUAAAACCUGCGAUACAUAAGUUACCUGAAAGUCAUCAACAAAUUCCUGCAAGUAUUUUUUUAAAUCAUCAUCGUCAACGACAAAAACAACAAUUUGGUAGUUCACAUAGUGCAUUUCGACCUGUACAACCAACAAUAAAAUCUAAGCGUGCAUCAAGUGAAGGUCAUUCACCAUCAAGUGAACAUCAAAUAUCAUCUCCAACAAUGUCCAUAUCAUCAUCUUUAUCAUCAUCAUCAAAUUCUUCUAUAUCAAAUAGAAAAAAAAUUCAUUUAUUAAAACAAAGACGUUUAUCAUGUGAUUUAUCUAUACCAAUUUUAACAUGUAUUAAUUCAAAUAGUUUAACACGAUCAGUUUGUGAUCAAACAUCGACAAAAAAAUUAAAUGAUGUUUCACGUACAAUGAGUGAUAUAUUAUGCGAUCAAUUUAGUGAAAUUAAUUUAGAUGCUAUUGAAAAAGAUUCACUUGUACAGCCAAUAAUAAAUAAAACUGAACAAAAUAUUAAAAAAAAUGUAAAUAUUCAACAAACUUUAUAUACAAUAACAAAAGAUUAUCGAAGUUCACGUGCAUCAUUUUCCGUUAAACGCGGUGAUUAUGUUUAUAUAAUUAAACAAGUUGGACGUGCAUGUUUUCUUGUUCGAAAACAAAAUAAUGGACAAACUGGUUUUUUACCUAAAGCAUUAAUGAUACCAACAACAACGACAAAAGUUGAUAAGUUUCUUGAAAUGCAUGGUUAUCGAGAAACGGUUAUUUAA